UUCUAACCUUUCGAACAAAAAACAAAAAAAAAACAAACCUCAGUUGGAAACGAACACUACCCUAAUCUCCAUCUUCCCUUCUCUCUUCAUUCCCACACCGAUCAAAAUACACUGCAAUUCAAUUCAAUUCAAUUCAAGUUAAACGAUUCUCCAUUUUCAAUUUCACUUUCCAUUACUCAUUCUCCCAAACGUGAAGGAGUGAAUCAGAAAUGGCGAGUGCUGUGGAUGCAUCUGGAAACCCGAUCCCAACAUCGGCGGUGUUGAUGGCAUCCUCGAAGCACAUUGGGAUAAGGUGCUAUGCUGAGAAUUUGGAGUUUCUCAAAUGUAAGAAGAAGGAUCAAAAUCCUGAAAAGUGUCUCGAUAAAGGCCGUGAUGUUACUCGAUGUGUCCUUGGACUUCUCAAGGAUCUACACCAAAAGUGCACAAAGGAGAUGGACGAUUACGUUGGUUGCAUGUACUACCAUACAAAUGAAUUCGACUUGUGUCGCAAAGAGCAGGAAGCAUUUGAGAAAAAAUGUUCUUUGGAAUGAAAUCAUGGGCACUGCUAUUGUUGAAAAUAAUAUGACAGGCAAUUUGGAGUGAGCAAAUGCAUGCGCCUGUUUCACAAAUUCAUUUGAUCUUGUCUGUUUUGUAUGAAUCUUUACCUUUGACUAUGUUGGUCAUCUAAUUGCUUCUGGAGAAAUGCAUCAAGCAGGACUAAACAAAUCCUUUUCAAAGAUAAAAUAACUUACAAGAAAUUUUGAAGUUGGAACAUGCUUGUAAUUUAAUUGUGUUCAAAAUGCACCUUUAUUGUGCUUUAGAUAAAAUGAAGAUAGCAUGUCAAACUACAGUUAUGAUGC